UGGCUCUAGGAGGAGCCUAAAUGUCCUCUUCCCCAGCUGAAGGGGAUUGUGGUGCGUAAACAGGAUUAACUCUCUCGCCCCCAGCUGCGCGGAUCUGCCCCGGGCCUGCCGGCUGGAGCGAACCCAUCAGUGCGCGGAGGGCGCAGCACCGGAGCGGGGGAUGGGGCAGCUCGGGGCCUCGGAGCUAUCUCCCGGGCGCUCUUCCUCGCCGAGUGGGGCGGGAGGCCACGGCCUCAGGAGCUGCUUCUCAAAACCCAGGGCGAACGGCCGCGACGGCGCGGGCUCUUAGCUGCAGCCUCCCCUCCGCCACCACCCUCUCCCGCCCCGUGCUUCCUCUCCGCCCCCCACGCUCCAGCCGCUCGGUCGCAGCCCGCGCAGUCCUCCGCCCCCCGGAGCCUCCGCGCCGGUCCCGCACCCAGCCAUGGGGGACCUGCCGGGUCUCGUGCGCCUCUCCAUCGCGCUGCGCAUCCAGCCCAACGACGGCCCGGUCUUCUUCAAGGUGGACGGGCAGCGCUUCGGCCAGAACCGCACCAUCAAGCUGCUCACCGGCUCCUCCUACAAGGUGGAGGUGAAGAUUAAGCCCACCACGCUGCAGGUCGAGAACAUUUCCAUUGGUGGUGUGCUUGUCCCAUUGGAGCUGAAGUCUAAAGAGCCUGAUGGUGACCGAAUUGUUUACACGGGCACAUAUGACACGGAAGGUGUGGCCCCAACCAAGAGUGGAGAACGGCAACCCAUCCAGAUCACAAUGCCGUUCACUGACAUUGGGACCUUCGAGACAGUGUGGCAAGUCAAGUUCUACAAUUACCACAAGCGAGAUCACUGCCAAUGGGGAAGCCCCUUCUCUGUCAUUGAAUACGAAUGCAAGCCCAACGAGACACGUAGCCUCAUGUGGGUGAACAAGGAGUCCUUCCUCUGAAGAUGGCUCUUUCUGAUGUUGCUGGACAAUCUCUUCAAAACCCUACGUUUAGAUAACCCAGCACAAGCCUUCACCAAGGCACACCACAGCGUUGCUGUUACCCAUCGGGUGCUGAUGACCUACUAGCCCCGACUAUUUUGAAAGUGUAAUUCCCUUCUGAUGCAAUGCUCCUGACGUAAAAGAUUGUGAGUGAUGUACCAUCCCCAAGAAGAUCCCUUUCUGUGUUCUGUGUUGGUGUUCCUGCAUCCAGUUGUUCCCGGUCAUGCCGUUGACCGCUUGUGAGGAGCUCAGUGGAAUUGCAGACAUAUCCCCUUCUUAAUGAUUCCAUUGAAUGUGGUGUUUUGUUUCCAAGUUGAGUGAUUUCCUCUUUUUUUGUAAAAUGCUAAAUAAAAAAAUAACAGUGUGUUGUGGGUUCUCUCCCAAGUGUAAUAUGGUAACAUGUAACUUGCAAUGUUAUGUGGCUCUCUAAGCAGGCUUGGUGAAAAUGUAAUACAAACAGCAGUGAGUUGGACUCAGAUGCUGUGCUUCCUAUAAACAGCUCAGCUUUUUCAGGGAACAAUAAUGACAAAUAAAAGGACAAAUAUUUAAGAAGUAUUUAUAACACAUUAAAACUCUUUCAAGUAACUUAAGGUAUUAUGUUAUGGCCUAACAGAAAUGGGAAAAGGCAUCGUUGGGGUCCACUGUUAAGGUGACAGAAGUUGUAGGGUUACCCUUUUGGCAAGCUACCCUAGUACUCAAACAUGCAUAUGAUGGCAUCCCUACGUUCCCCUUCACUUGAACUUUGUAAAACUGUGUAUGCAACUGUAAUGAACUUUUGAUAUUUCUUAAUAAAGGUAUUAAAAAUCA